AUGCAUGCCAAGAGCGAGCCCGGGCACCCUUCCCACCGCGCACCACAGGCAGAGGGCCUGCUGAGGUGGGGAGAUUCACGAAGACUGAGGCUUGGGGAGAAGAGCGAGGCAGUCCCAGGAGAGGGCAGCAAAGGCGCAGAAAGUUAAUGCGGGAAACAGAAGUUCAUUGAGUCAGCGAGCAGCAGGGCCAGGCCGCCAUCUGCGCGCUCGAAGGCGGCCACGGUGGUCGCGGAAGGGGUGGCGCCCAGACCCGGGCUCCCCAUGGAGGCGCAUGAGUCGGACCUGAGGCUGUUGGAGCGUCUGGAGCAGCUGGCGACCUGCCCGCUGUGCGAGGGCCCUUUCCAGGACCCAGUGCUCCUGGCGUGUGAGCACAGCUUCUGCCGCGCGUGCCUGGUUCUCCGCUGGGGGCCCCGGCCAGCAACCGGCACCGAGGCCACCCCCACCGCCUGCCCUUGCUGCGGCCGGCCGUGCCCCCGCCGCAGCCUGAGGUCUAAUGUGCGGCUGGCGGUGGAGGUGCGAAUCAGCCGCGGGCUGUGCGAGAAGCUGGCCGACACCCGGGCGGGCGCCGUCAGACGCCGCGGGGGCCGUAUCCCCACCAUCGGCUGGCUGGAUCCGCAGGGAGAGGACAUGAGAAAGACAUGGAGCAGAUUUGAUGCCCCAAUGCCCAAGUCACCUAACUCAAAGGAUGACCUCCCUGAAGAUUACCCAGUGGUCAAAAACAUGCUUCACAGACUGACUGCUGACCUUACCCUGGAUCCUGGCACCGCGCACCGCCACCUCAUCAUCUCCUCCGACUGCCGCAGUGUCCGACUGGCCCCACCAGGGAUGUCUGCGCCCCCUGACAGCCCCGAGCGCUUCGACCAGCUCCCCGCAGUGCUGGGCGCACAGGGCUUUGGCGCCGGCCGCCACUGCUGGGAGGUGGAGACCGCGGACACCACCUCCUGCGGGGAUUCUUCUGGGGAGGAUGAGGACGAUGGGGAGAGCAGCUACGCCAUAGGCGCGGCCGGAGAGUCCGUGCGACGCAAGGGCCGCGUAGGGCUGUGCCCCGCGGGGGCCGUGUGGGCUGUGGAGGGCCGCGGCGGCCGCCUUUGGGCCCUCACGGCCCCAGAGCCCACUCUGCUGGGCGGCGCCGGGCCCCCGCCGCGGCUCAUUCGUGUGGACUUGGACUGGGAGCGAGGCCGCGUGGCUUUCUACGACGGCCGCUCUCUCGACCUGCUCUUCGCCUUCCAGGCACCUGGACCGCUGGGAGAGCGCGUCUUCCCACUGCUCUGCACCCGCGACCCCCGCGCCCCACUCCGCAUUGUGCCACCCACCCCACCGCCCAUUUCAGCCUAG